AUGGCCUCUGCUGCUGGCGAAGCGCCGCCAGGGCCCUGCCGAGGGGAGAUCGGGCUGCAGUUCUGGGUGGAAGCCUUGCAGCUGGUUCCCGGCUUGCUGGCUCCCGCUGUGCUGCUGGGGGUCGCCUUGGGCGUCGGCGCCGCGCUCCUGCUGUGCUUCUAUGUGAUCGGGCCUCUUCUGCAAAACAAGAAAGAUGAUUCCCAAAGGCUUCUGGAAAGCUUUCACUCGGAUGUACACGGACAUCUUGAUGAAAAUGUACCCUUACCCAGAAAGAAGAAAACAGAAACUCAAAUGUCAGAGGAGGAAAUGGUGCUGGAAGGAAAUGAGUCUUCUUUGAACAGUAACAUCACAGCAUUUGCACUAAAAGCAAAAGUCGUCUAUCCAAUCAAUCAAAAAUUUAGGCCCCUGGCAGAUGGAUCAUCCAAUCCAUCUUUGCAUGAGAAUCCAAAGCAGGCUGUUCUGCCUAAUCAGAUAAUGGAAACUUCUACUUCAAGCAGCCUUGGAUCCCUGAGUCAUGGAGACAAGGAGGACUGUAGUUCAUCUACAACAAUACAUUCUGCAACUAGUGACGACAGAUUUCAGGACCGAGCCUUCCUGAAGGUGACCUGCUUCCCUGAAGUUCUGACUUGUGAGAGUUUUGAUGUUAAACUUUGCCUCUAUAGUCUUCUUUUGAAAGAAUUGCUGCUUCUUGAUACCGAACUAAGAAGGGAAAAACAGGUGGUAUUUAUUCAGGUUCUCAGAACAUACCUCUUUGAUUUUUACCUUAAAAAGAAGAUUACUGAAGAUUUGUACCAGAAGAUCAUUUUGACGCAAGAAACUGAUUUGGAAGAGUUACAGAAACAACUUACCUCCAGACUACUGAGUACUGAAAUGUCGGGCGCUCGUAAUUCAGACUACCAGACCUUAGAAGAUUUAGAAAGGAAAGAGAGAGAAUAUUCUGAACAUAUCAUAGAUAAUAUGGAAGCUUUCUGGAAGCAGGCAGACAAAGCCGAGCAGUUUCUCCUGAACCAGUCAAAUUGCUCAAGUGCCAAAAGAGGAAAGAUAAUGAUGAAUCUGACUGAGAGAAUGAUUGCAGUAGAAGGGUUAUUAAGCCAGUCUCAGGAUUUGCAAGCAAUGGACAUUCAGGAAAGAAUAUUUAAUUGGGAGCUAAUGGUGAAAAUGGUUGAUUUUUUGAAGACAAGGAUACAAGAAGAAACUAAAUGUAGACUAGAUGCUGUAGCUGGCAUAUUGGACCAGUUAACUAUAAAGAGCAACCUCUCUCUUUCGCAGAAGGAAGAGCUUUUAACAGGCCUGCACAAGGUUUUCUGGGAGCAAGUAGCACAUUACAAUAAUGAAUGUGUCCAACAAGGUAAAGACCUAAUCAUGAAACUCCUGGCAUGUCGUACAAGGAAGAUAAGAGAGCUCAAACAAGCUCAGAAGGAUGAACAAGGGGAUCUGCUCAGUAAAGCUCAGAAAAUAGGGGAACUUGAUGAGUUUCUGAAGGCCUGCCAUGAAAUGUUAGAGAAGCAGAGACAGACACUGCAUGAUCUGGAAGAAGAGGAUGACUGCCAAAGCACUGAGGCCGUUGCAGAGCUCCAUCAGGAACUGUGUUCUGGAACUUCCCAUGCUUUAGACGAGUUGGUGCAAGAGUUAUUUCUUCAGACUCUUCCUACCAAGACUGGUCUGUCUUUAAGAGAAUGUGAACUUCUAAAAGAAGAAUGUCAGGAGAAUUUGAUCCUUCAAUUAGAGAAAUGGGACAGCUGUAGACAAAAGCAGUGGAAGCUCUUCCAGGAACAACUGCAACAAGAAAAACAGCUAUGGACCAAGGAGUAUGCUCUGUCUGCUGUGAUGCAAAAACACCUGUCUGAGAAACAUGAGAAGAUUAUCCAAGGUGUUUUAAGCCGAUUAGGUGGCCUCAGUGAGGAGUCUGCUAAAUACAUAUUUCGGAAACACAGGCUCUUGCUGUGUUCAGUUCUCAGAAGGUUAGCUGUCCGAAACGUUGCUAUGGCUACUCUGACUCACAUGAAAAUGUCCCAGAAGAAAAGCUUGCUUCAGGAGCUAAGAGAACAACAUACUCUGCAAAAGAGUUCCUCACACUGUCAAGAUGAACACCAGUGGCAACUACAGAACGCAAUGGAAUCUCACAUUCUGGAAGAAGAGGAGAAGCUGGAGGAGGAAACUCAACAAACACGUUUGGAAUUUCAUCAGCAGUUAGUUGCAGAAAUCCAAGAAGCUCUUCAGCUUGUGCAGCAGCACAUGGAACAAGUGAUUGGGCAGGCCUUGCUCCAGCAUGCCCGGCAAGAAGCUGCUAAGCAAAGCUCUGAGGAUGGAGAGGACUUCAAGGAGAGACUGAUAGAAGCAGCUGUAGAGAGUGUAUAUGUGACCAGCAAUGGUGUCAAUAGACUGGUGCAAUGCUACUACCAGCAAAUAGAAAAAAUCAUGGACGGGCAUGAAAACAGAAAACUUCAACAGCUGAAAUCCUUUCAGGCAGAAAGGACUGAAAAUAACAGACUCAGAAAAAAACAAGAAGAAAAUGAACAAACAUUGAAAGAAAAAAUGAAUCAAGGCACCCUGAACACGUCAUCUGCAGUCCAUCAAAGGAUGUUGUUACAACAACAAAAAUUCUUGGCUCAGUUUGAUGUGCAGCAGCAGUUUCGUCUGGACUCCCUAAAACAGAAGAUAUUGGUAUUGCAUCAUCUAGAAACACAGCUUGAAAAUCAGCUAAAGCAAGCAGAACAGGAUUUCAUCACUGAGCUAGCUGCAUUGGCCCGACUUCCCCUCACAGUGCGCAAGCAGCCUUUAAAUAGGAGUGUACAAUCAGGAAAAAGCCAAAAAACAAAAAGGAAGAACUCCCAUUCCUGGGGAAAAGAGGAUUCUGGUGACUUCAAUGAAAAAUGA